AGUUCUAUUGCAUUGCUGCAGGCACUCCAGAAACUAAAUUGUCGAUGGCUGCAUUCCUAGGCGAGCUGGUUUUAAACAAUGAUGUGAAAGUCUUUGUAGCUAGGACGGCUGGUUCAGCCCUGAUUAAUCUCAUGAAGAGUACUAAUAUGCAGUCAAGGGAGGCUGCUCUUAAAGCUUUAAAUCAAAUUUCGUCAGAUGAGUCGAGUGCCAAGGUCUUGAUAGAGGCAGGUGUACUUCCACCUCUUGUCAAUGAUCUCUUUACCGUUGGCUCGAACCAGCUGCCCAUGCGACUAAAAGAAGUUUCAGCUACAAUUCUUGCAAAUGUUGUGAUCUCAGGAUAUGAUUUUGAUUCCAUCCCAGUUGGACCUGAUAACCAAACUCUGGUAUCCAAGGAAAUAAUUCAUAAUCUCCUCCAUCUUAUUAGCAACACAGGCCCUGCAAUAGAAUGCAGGCUUUUUCAGGUUCUGGUUGGGCUAACGAGUUCCCCUACAACUGUUUCCAGUGUUGUUUCUGCUAUUAAAAGUUCUGGGGCUACUAUUAGUUUGGUGCAGUUUAUUGAGGCUCCCCAGAGGGAUUUGAGGAUGGCUUCGAUAAAACUUCUUCAGAAUCUCUCUCCGUACAUGGGUCAGGAACUAACAGGUUGCCUACGUGGUACUUCUGGUCAACUUGGCAGCCUAAUAAGGGUAAUAUUGGAAAACAUAGCGAUAACCGAGGAGCAGUCAGCAGCUGUCGCGCUUUUGGCUGAUCUACCGGAAAGGGACGUUGGUCUCACGAGGCAGAUUCUAGACGAAGGUGCAUUUCAGCUGUUCAUUUCUCGAGUAAUCAUGAUCAGACAAGGGGAGAUGAGAGGCAGCCGGUUCAUGACUCCAUAUUUGGAAGGACUUGUUAAGGUUCUUGCAAGAAUUACAUUUGCCCUGUCUGAAGAGUCAGGUUCUGCCCUUGCACUUUGUCGUGAACACAAUGUAGCGUCGCUCUUCAUUGACCUUCUACAAGCUAAUGGCCUUGAUAAUGUACAAAUGGUAUCAGCCAUGGCUUUAGAGAACCUCUCCCAAGAAUCGAAAAAUUUGACCAAGUUACCAGAGCUUCCUACUUCGGGAUUUUGUGCCUCGAUCUUCCCUUGUUUAAGCAAGCCACCCAUCCUAACUGGAUUGUGUAGGGUUCAUCGAGGGAUGUGUUCGUUGAAAGAAACUUUUUGUCUUUUGGAAGGACAUGCCGUCGAAAAGUUGGUCGCCCUUCUCGACCACAACAAUGACCAGGUCAUUGAAGCAUCACUUGCAGCCCUGUCAACUUUGUUGGAUGACGGGGUUGAUGUCGAGCAAGGAGUUCAGGUGUUAAUGGAUGCAGAAGGAAUCAAACCUGUAUUCGAUGUAUUACUCGAGAAACGGACCGAGAGUCUAAAAAGGAGGGCGGUUUGGGCAGUCGAGAGGCUAUUGCGAACAGACGAUAUAGCCUACGAAGUUUCGGGAGAUCCAAAUAUAGGUUUAGCCCUUGUAGAUGCUUUUCAACAUGGCGAUUAUCGAACACGACAGAUCGCAGAGCAUGCCUUGAAGCACGUUGAUAAAAUUCCCAACUUCUCCGGUAUCUUUCCAAAGAAUCCAUAAUGUUUUCUUAUUCUGUAGAGGAUGUUAUAUGUCUAUACAUACAUAUAUAUAUA